UAAAUUCAUAAAUGUAACGUAUUUUGAAAGCAUGACUUGUCUUUGUUCAGAAUAAUAGUUUUUCACUUAGUUCAGUUCUAGUUGUAUACAUAGCAACAUAAUUAAGAUUGGCAUUAUUGUGUUCUGAAAGUGGCUCAGACUAGGGUGUUGAGCUCAUUUUUUGUGUAUGUGCGUAACGGAAGAUGUUUCUUCUAUAAAAAGUGAAGUUCUCUGUUAUAAUACCUGUCUCUUUGUGCUGCAUGCCUCUGUUUAUUAGGCAAAUUUUUAAAAAGUUCCAUUGCUUUAGUUUACUGAUUGUUACUCUCAUAAUUUGCUAUCUGAAGGUAUGUUAAUUAGCUGUAGUUUAUCAUUGGGAACUAUGUCUUUGGCCAUUGAGGCCCUAUUAUACACUCAAAUGCUUACGUGGGAUAUCUGCAGUGAGGUGUCUCAUAGAAGUAUAAGGAACAAGGGUGGGUACUGGAGGGAAUUGUGGGUUUGCAUGUGGGACAGGGUAUGGCAAAAUCACAUUUUUUUCUCAUGAUUUUUAAAGAAAAAUUGGGCAGUUUCCUUUUAAUUCCAGCUCAUGUUGGAAGCAGGUUUUGUCUUUUUUUUUCCUCUCUGAUACUUUUUGAGUUUUGCUCGCUUGUCUCUUUCUAGGAAUUGAGCACAGGGCUAUAGGGAAGUACCAUAUUGUAUAGAUUUAUUCCUCAAGGAGUUGGUGCAUGCUGCAACUGGUGUUAUGCCUGUGGUUUUUGCAGCUUCCACUUGAAAAAUGAGAUUCUGUUAUUUUCAUUUAAAUUUACUACUUACAUAUAAAUUAUAAAUCUUAAUGCCUUUCUUUUGUAUUUUUAACAUCAGUUUAGAGUGGUCAUAGAGGUUAUACCUUUCAGAAGUUAUUUGAUAAAUAGAAGUUUUAUAUACAGAAAACCCCUGGAUUAGCAUUACAAAUACAUACGUAACAUUUGAGAGCUAGACUGGCUUAGGUGUUCGGAAUGCAAAAGUAUCUACCAGAGCUAAUUAUUUUCGCUUGGGAGAACAGUGCUGUGUUAAAUUUGAAUAAUAAUAUUAGAAAAUAUGGCUUCUCUUUUAUAGCUAUAUAUCAGUACACAGAAUUAAAAAUCAAAAUGGAUUUUUAAAACUGUGAAAUAGAAAGGGUGCUUAAGUCAAGUUUUUUCUUACAGAAUUUAGUUUUCCAGUGUUCUCACAGAAGGGUGUAUGUGUGUGUUUUCAUUAAAUUGCUCUUUGGACUACAUCUGCAGAUACAGUAGCCAAUUGAUCUAAUGCAGUUUCUGAAGGCUUUCUCUACAGGUGAUGUCAUCCUUUUAGCUCUAUUCUCCUCCCACUCCCUUUCCUUCUUAUUAGAUAUUUCAUCCUACUGCAGAGCAUAGAAUCAAUAGGAGCGUCUCCUUAGGGAGCUGCUGUGAAACAGACAAGGACAGUAGGAAUCAAGACACUAACAUAAUCUUGCUUUAGCAAAAGGGGUAGUGUUUUUGUGUCGUAUCAUAUAUACAUUAUUAACCAGAAGGCCAGACGUAGAUCAACAGUGCUGUCUUACUGAUGCACUAGAACAAGAAGCAGGACUGCAGAGCUAGAAAACCUGCAUGCAAAAAGAAAAAAUCAUUUGAAUUUUUGGAGAUUCUCAGGCAUUCUGCAGGACAAACCUGUUGGAGCAUAUAUCUUCGGACAUUUGCUCAAUGGUUGGUUGUUUUUUAAAAAACCUCUAGUGGUUAAGAAUAUAUAUAGAGGAAACUUUGAUCUUCAGGAUACAGUAUUCUGGUUUGCCUCUGAUGCAGAAGAAUCGCUGCAGUGCUUGUUCUACAGAAUAAGAUAACUUGAAGGAAAAACAAAGCUAUACUACAGAGAAGAAAGAUUUCGCAGAAUCCAAGACAAAUUUGCCUUAUUUGCUUUGACUGAUAGUAUUGACUGUGGUGCACAGUGCACGUCUGUGCCAGGUGCCUGAGGAAGCAUGUAAAUGAGUGUUCUAAGCCAGAAAUCUAAACAUCUUUAUUUGCUUGUACAAAGUAAACAUUUUCAUGAGAAUUGUUUCAGUUAUUUAGAACAAUACUCUUAAGCUUCUGAAAGCUCCUGAUUUCAGUUUGUAAAGAGGUUUGGAAAAGGCUGCCUUUAUAAGACACAAUGGUAUAUAGUUUGUAAAAAGAAACUUACUAUAAUAUUAUCAACAUACUCAUCAGUGUGGCUGUGGUUUGAAAAAGAAACUACCCUUACCAGCUUCAGAAAUGGCUUUUCUUGUUCGCUGUUAUGCCAAUUGUCUUCAGCCAUGGGCCUCUAAACUUCCAGCUGAUCUUACAAAGAUGCACCUCACAGACAACCCUCACCCGCAGGUGACUCACGUGUCCUCUAGUCAGUCUGGUUGUAGCAUUGCCAGUGAUUCUGGGAGCAGCAGUUUGUCUGAUAUCUAUCAGGCUACAGAGAGUGAGGUAGGAGAUGUAGAUUUAACACGUCUUCCAGAGGGAACUGUUGAUUCUGAGGAUGAAGAAGAGGAAGAGGAAGAGAUUGAUCGAACAGAUCCAUUGCAGGGGCGAGAUCUGGUUCGAGAAUGUCUUGAAAAAGAACCAGCAGACAAAACUGAUGAUGACAUUGAACAGUUACUUGAGUUUAUGCACCAGCUCCCUGCUUUUGCGAACAUGACUAUGUCUGUAAGGAGAGAGCUCUGCUCAGUGAUGAUUUUUGAAGUGGUGGAACAGGCUGGAGCUGUUAUUCUGGAAGAUGGGCAAGAGCUUGACUCAUGGUAUGUUAUUUUAAACGGCACUGUAGAAAUUAGUCAUCCAGAUGGAAAAAUUGAAAAUCUCUUCAUGGGAAACAGUUUUGGGAUUACUCCUACUCUGGAUAGGCAGUACAUGCGUGGAAUUGUCAGGACUAAAGUAGAUGAUUGUCAGUUUGUCUGCAUAGCCCAGCAGGAUUAUUGGAGAAUUUUAAAUCAUGUGGAAAAAAAUACCCACAAAGUUGAGGAAGAGGGAGAAAUUGUUAUGGUGCAUGAACACCGUGAACUAGACCGCAGCGGGACCAGGAAAGGACACAUUGUAAUCAAGGCAACACCUGAACGUCUCAUCAUGCAUCUAAUAGAAGAACAUUCCAUUGUGGACCCAACUUACAUAGAAGAUUUCCUGUUAACUUACAGGACAUUUCUUGAAAGCCCUUUGGAUGUUGGAAUCAAGCUGUUGGAAUGGUUUAAAAUUGACAGCUUAAGGGAUAAG